UUGUGAAGUUCAACGACACAUGGCGAUAAAACUUCGAUUAAUUUACACAAGUGCAUUGAUGUUUGUUAAAACCUUCAUCUAUCUGCCGGGACACCGAGUCACGAGUUGCAAGUCGUAUAAAUACAGGGAAUUCGUCAAUCUUGAUCACAACCGAUCCAAAAUGUUGAAAGGUCACAUAUUUGGUAUAGUGCUCAUCGCCCUGAUUGCCAGUGGGUGCGUACAAUCGAACCAGCAACUGAAUGAGUUUUUCACGCUGACCCAUUUCGAAGACGCCUUCCAUCAAAUAAUUAAUAAUUUAAUAUCGAAUCUGAAUACUACAGAAAUGUGGAAUCCGAUACUUAAAAAAAGGAAGACUGAAGCCAAUGCGAUAAGUAACAUCUGGCAAAUGAACAAUCAACAAGUACUACUUAACGAGACUAACAAAGUGACGAACGCGUACGAUGAAUACGUGAAAAUAAAUGACCAUAAAAUAUUCAAUAAAUGCAAUGAUAUAAAGAAUAAAAUAAUCAGCUUAAGCAACACAAUUGGAAACGAUUUGUAUGUUUGCCAUGAGUACUAUAUUCAUUUUGUGGAAUAUUACAUCAAUCAAAUUGAAAAUACAGCCGGAAAAAAGGAGAGAGAAACGUUGGAUAGAUUAUAUGCCUCUAGCUGUGGUUCGAAAGAAGCAAAAACACCUCAAGCCAAGUUGGAUGCUGCAGGGUGCCUUAUGGUAAAAGUGAUAGAAUUGUUCAACAGACGCAACACGGACACCGAAUUAUUCUACUACACUCAGCAAUUGUCAGUCUUGAAUCAAUACGACUAUAUACAUUUGAAUGCAUGCCCAGGCAAUAUUAAGUUAGAGUUAUAUUUAAAUGGAAUACUUCCGGCCUUGAGCCGUGAACUAAAUAAUUGUAAGGACACAGCAAUGAUCGAAUGUGACGAAACUGGCGAUUACAGCUUGGAAAGUGAUUAAAUGUCAUUACAUUACACUCCAGCCUGAAAAAUUCAUAAAAUGUCAUGAAAAAUUACCAGACUACCUGAUUUUUUCAAGAUCUCUGCAACGCUCAUUGUUAUUGUCGAUUUUUCGUUUAUUUUGUUCAAAAUGAUUUCAAAAAAUUCCCACGGGGUGGCGACAAUGUCUGCUGGUUUGUCAAUAACCUACUCUUGCCGUAUAGAGCGCGCUUAUAUUACGAUCUCGAAUAAAAACAAGCAAGCUAAACGUUCUCUUAAGUCUUGCCUUUGCUCAUAUUAUCGUUUCGACUGGUUUCAACAAUCUUACAUAUUCAACAUGUGAGCUUAGCCGAUUAGCUUAAAAUAAUCCGUUUCACCAGCCGGCGUGUUUUUAUCGUGUGUUUUGCGACAUCUUAGCAAGUAUUAUAUUAAUCAUUUAAAUAUAUAAAAAUUUCUAAGUAA